GCCGCAUUUACAGUUGCACGGAGCUCUAUUGCAUCACCCCGAGCGCGGUGUCGAAUAUUUGGACUCUUUCGUGUAGCCGACCGAAUGAGCUGAUAAUGCAUAACAGAAUUCCAAGUUUCUUGGCUGCCAAACUUGGAAUGGCGCGAUCCCGUGGAAUUCCUCACAUUGUAGCAUGCGGCUUUGUUUGGGCCUAUUGUGUUUUUUGUCCUGGUCUCGACUGGUCUCGAUAUUGCCUUUGGAAGAAAACGACAGCGAAUAGAAAUCCAUGACCUCCACCUGGCUGCGGAGCUGGGAAAGACGUUGCUGGAGAGGAACAAGGAGCUGGAGGACUCCCUGCAGCAGAUGUACAUAACCAACGAAGAGCAAGUGCAAGAAAUUGAGUACCUGUCAAAACAGCUGGAAGUCCUCCGGGACAUGAACGAACAGCACGCCAAAGUGUACGAGCAACUGGAUGGUACGGCGAGAGAGCUCGAACACACCAACCAAACACUCGUGAAUGACAGCAAGACCUCGCGGCAAAAGAUCGAGGGGUUAACGGGGACCAUUGAGGCUUUGCAGAAUCAGGUGGAGUCCCUGUCAAGACAGGUGGAGCAGUUGCGCUCCGUGGAACAGCUCAGAGUCAAGCGGGAGAAGAGGGAACGACGCAAGACCAUCCACUCCUUUCCUUGUCUGAAGGAGCUUUGCACAGCACCCAGGUACGAAGAUGAGUUUGUGGUGGGCAGGCCUGAAAGCUUUACUUUGGAGCCGAAGCAUCAGCCAUUCGAAGAGGAGAACAAGCACCUGAGAGAGGCGGUGUCAGCUCUGCGAGCGGCCAUUCGGACAGAGCGGGGGCGCCGAGAAGGUGUGGAGAAGGAGUGCAACCUGCUCCUUGCAGACUUCUCGCGCCUGCAGGCACGUGUGCAGGAUGCUGAGAGUUGUCAGGCAAGGGUGCGGGAGUUGGAGGUGGAGCUGCAGGAGCUGCAACAGCUACGCCGCACCCGAACUUUCCUUCUUGGGAACGACGAUGACGUUGUAACCCUGACCCAGACCGUCCUCAAUAGCACCCCGGAGACCGACACCUUCCUUGAGGGAGAGGUCGGCGAGACAGGAGGAGGUGUGAGGGAGGAGGCGGACGGUGUCACCGGUGCGCACGGGGAGGCUCUCCCCGAGUCAAACCCUGUGAGGAAAAGCUGUAGCGACACAGCACUCAAUGCCAUUGUCGCCCGGGAUGCGUCUGGCCGCAGGAGAGGGAGCUACGCACUUCACGCCAACAGUGUGAGGAAGAGAGGCAUGUCCAUCCUCAGGGAGGUGGAUGAGCAGUACCACGCUCUACUGGAAAAAUACGAGGAGCUGCUGGGGAAAUGCAGGCGCCAUGAGGAAAGCCUUUGCCACGCGGGUGUCCAGACGUCCCGACCCGUCUCUCGAGACCCUUCCAUGAAAGACUGCGCUAUGGGCCACGCCCCUGCCCCUGCCCCUCCGCCGACUCCCACCCAGUCGCCUUCCACGCCAGAAGCCAUCGAGAUGAUCGGCAAGCAAGUGGAGGCGGUGGAUAAGCGUCUGGGACAGAACGCACCGGAGUACAAGGCUCUCUUCAAGGAGAUAUUUUCUCGUAUCCAGAAGACCAAAAUGGAUAUUAAAACUAGCAAAUCUGCAAAGUCCAGCAAAUCUAGCAAAUCGGGCAAAUCUAGUAAAUAGCGACGUGUCUCGCUCGAGGGGACAGUUGUCGUACAAUAUCGGUGUUUAGUGCUUCUGCACUGUGAAACAUACACACACCACCCGACGCAAGUAUAGUUCGCUGUCAAGACACAUCCAUCCAUUGUCUACGUCACUUGUCCUCAUUGCGGUCGCAGAUGAGCUGGGGCCGAUCCCAGCUCGCUGUGGGCGAGAGGCGGGCUAUGCCCUGUAUAGGUCGCCAGCCAGUCGCUGGGCACGAAUGGACAAACAACCAUUCAAACGCACAUUCAUACCUAUGGACAACUUACAGCCUUCAAUUAACCUGACGCAUGUUUGGGACUGUGAGAGGAAGCCGGAGUCUGAGGCUAACCAAUAGCUCUCAGAACGCAUUGCAAACUAAAAAAGUCUAUUUCAAUGUGUUGGCUACAAUACAAGAAUAGGAGUAGUACAGUAUAGUAUAUUCAAAUCUUUAGUCACACUUAGUCUUACAACUAGAAUGCCAUUGAGUCCUAAAUCCUUCUUUCGAUCUGUACCAUCAAUACUGGCAUGUUGCAUUAUGCCAGAAUCGUAGCGUUAAGUUUCUUACCUUACAAAUUGAGAAAACCAAUUAAUAUUUUGGAAAAUGCGACGUAAUUCUAACAAUGAAACAACGUCAUAAAACGUGGAAUGGCACUCGGUGGAACACAGACCUCUGCCGACAUUGAAAUGUUAACAAGAUCAGAAACGCAGCUACAGGAUAGACAAGGGGAAGUCAAAACGUAACGAGCCCAAUUUAAUUUCACCUACUAAUAAAUAGUUUGAAUUUUAAAUACUUGUUUGAAAGUUUUGUUUAAGCCUGUGCUGUUGCAAAAUGUGUAUGGGGAAGCUGCAAUCGGCAAAAAAGCGGGUGUCUGACUAGUCCGGGGAUAAACCGCUCAAGAUGGUCUGCCACUCUUUUGCUUGUCGCUGAGGACACCUCCUGGACACCCGCUUUUUGACUUCACCGUAGCCUAUUAGAGCUUCCCCACACACAUUUGAACCAUGAACAUAAAAAAAAAAAAAUCAAUCACUCAAUCAUUAGUAGUUUCAAUUAAAUUGAGCUCAUUACUUUUUGAUUGCCCCUUGUAUAUUCCACGCCACGGUUGUGGUUUCAGCAAUUAGCAGCGUGCGGUCGGACUUGAACAAAGCAGAAGUUGGCAACUACAAAUCAUAACCUGUGCUACAGAGAGAGCAAUGUACCAUAUUUUUAACUCAUUCACUGCCAGCCUUCCCAGUUAACAUGGCUAUUUUACUUCUAAAGCCGUCAAUGGCAGUGAAUGUGUUAAGUGCUUCUAUACUCACUGAAACUGCAAAAAGGGAAAAUAAUUCCUCAGAAAAGGGGGAAAAAAAAAACAGUGAAGCACUUUGUUAUUAAUAGACAACUGUAAUGACAUACAUUAAGGAAUAGGCAAUCGCAAUAGGAACAAGACGAUGGGACAAUUUUCAUUCUGUUCCCAUUUGAAACCUUUCUGCAAGUCCCAUGGAAAUCAGAUUUGGCAAUUUUGCGUAAUCCUUAUACUUACAAACCAACGACGCUCAUUCAAACACCUUCUCAAAUGAUCGGUUUUGCUCUUUUAUCCACGCGCAAAAAAAAUGGAUGUUUCGAAAAAUAAAAGUUUUGCCCAAAAUAAUUUGUCGUCAUGCAUAAGGGUGUCAAUGAAUAAAAGUCAACAUCAAAUUAUAAACCAGGGAUGAACUAAACUGAAGCAACAUGUAAACUCACUUUUGCUACUCUACUGUGGGAUGCUGGCUUAAGUGCCCUUUAGAUAUACAGGGGUCCUCGUUUUACGACAGCCUGAAUUUGUACGUACGACGCCUUCCAAUGUGCACUCGCCUACAUUAAUGCAGUCGUAAAGUCACAAUUACAGUAAAUGUUUGUUGAAACGGCACUUUUAUACAGCAGUCAAAUGAAAGACUACAACUUUUUGGGGCGCUGUCCGGGAAUCAAACGCGCGCCUUCUGCAUGGAAGUUAUCAGCAUGUGCCACUACACUACCAGUGUGUUUGCUUCUGUAAUGCUCGUGUGAAAAGAAUGUGACGAACACUCCCGCUAAUUGCGUCCAUGCUGCUGCCUUGGAGAAAUGCCGCGCAGGAUCAUCUUUGCAGAUUUGACUAUGCCUUGGCAUCAACACCUACGAACAAGGUUGAAGUGGAGCUACGGCGAUAACAUCUUAGUCCAUACUCGUCACGUGAGAAUCUCCACACGUGACGAGAAAAGCAAUCGCCAUGUGUUCUUACUGGUUUUAUAGCACGGUGUAUCUGAGAUGACCUACAGCACACCACUGACCAGCUCCUCCCCGAAACCAGAUCGGUCUUAGUACCAAGACUGACCUGUGCCACUAACUCAUACUAACAGCCUGAAAAUACAAAGAAGAAGAAAGAGCACUGUGGGCUGACUGCUAGCUUUUCUGGUAUUAGCGUUUCAAACUCUUGUCUUUUCUUGACUCUGCUGUCUGCAACCAGGUCAGCACUGCAAGUUAGACUGUUCUCAAAUUCAAAUUCAGUCCAAAGUUUCGUGUGUUCAUUUGUAACCAACCCUAACCUCAGAAUCAUAUGGUGUUAGAACCUCUUUUCAUUCAAUAAUACACUAUAUACAUGUAUUAAUGCCAUACUGUGACUAUUUUAAUCAACUAUCUACAUAAUGUAAAGCAGUAGCCCCUUGAAGACAAUUAACUAUUCACAACCCCCCCCCCCCCCCCCCCCCCCCACACACACACACACAAAAAAAGCGCAUUAUUGCAUUAUACCACAUUAUUUCCUUCUAACAACAUUUAACAAUAGGAAUGUUGAAAGCAGGGCUUUGUCUUAACACGUGCAGCCUUCCAAAUCAAACUAUCCUUGAAAAAUCUUUUGAUGAUUGAAGGACUUUGGGGGGAUUGUGAUUGCCUUUGUAUAUUAUACAUUUUGCUUGAAUGAAUGUUUUUGCCAUGUUGAACACAAAACCCGCAAAUGUUUUCUUCAUUCUGUUAAUAAAAUCGGAGAUUAGGGAAACCUUGCAGUCGAUAGAACAGGAUAACUGUGGUAUAUCAAGUGCAUUUUAAGCACUGUUGACCCAGUUAAAUGCAUUUAGAGAAAUAUCAAUGCCUAACGACAAGCUUUUUGUCAGUGUUUUUGUUUUGUCCUUUGCACUUGGAAUCAUUCAGUGCCUCUUUGCAUUUUUGGGAGUGGAAAUGUACCUUUUUACCAACACAAUGUCAUACUACGUAUAUAUGAAUUGCUUUACCUUUACUAUAAUCCAUGUGCUUGAUUAUUAUUGAGACUCAUAUUUUAGAUUGGUCUUGUCAGUCAAUAUUCAUGCCAUUGUCGCUCAACGAAGGUCUAUUGGUAAUAAAGCCUUACACUGCGUU